CGGUCAUUUCCGGCAUUGCUUUGUAAUGCAACUUCACGUUACCACCAUUUUACUGUCGUGCGUAUGUGUGCGUGCGCACUGCACAGUGUAGGUGUGGAGACAAAACAGGAUCGAAAGCGGACGUACUGAGAUAUCGCUACAGAAAUGGAUGGAAUCAGUGAUGUUGCAGUUGGAGUGAAGAGAGGAUCUGACGAGCUGAGUAUGUACAACAGUCCCAUCUCUGACAUGAGCAGUAUCAGUGAUGGGGCAUCAAAUGGCAGCGACAAUAAAAAGCCCAGGGUGGAGGAGGCCCCACCAUCUCGUGUACUUCACAUCAGAAAACUACCUAAUGAGGCCUCAGACACUGAAGUCAUUGCUCUUGGCUUGCCUUUUGGAAAAGUCACCAAUAUCCUCACACUAAAGGGGAAGAACCAGGCAUUCUUGGAGAUGGGGACAGAGGAGGCAGCCAUUACUAUGGUUAACUACUACGCCACAGUAAAUCCUCAUAUCCGCAACGUCCCUGUCAUUAUUCAGUACUCCAAUCACAAAGAACUCAAAACUGAUGCUGGUAAUCAGCGGACCCAGGCGGUGCUGCAGGCAGUAUCAGCAGUACAGGCCAGUGGGUCACCAAGUUCAGAUGUACAGGAGGUUCUGGCCGCAGCCUCCAGUCCGGUGCUGCGGAUCAUCAUCGAUAACAUGUUCUACCCUGUAACGCUGGAUGUACUGCAACAGAUUUUCUCCAAGUUUGGCACAGUCAUGAAGAUAAUCACAUUCACCAAGAACAAUCAGUUCCAGGCUCUCCUGCAGUUUAGUGAUCCUGUCAAUGCACAGCAUGCCAAACUGGCACUAGAUGGCCAGAAUAUCUACAACUCUUGCUGCACACUGCGUAUCGACUUUUCCAAGCUGGUAAACCUAAAUGUUAAGUACAACAACGAUAAGAGUCGUGACUACACACGACCUGAGCUGCCUGCUGGCGAUGGCCAGCCCAGCCUUGACCAUGCGGUGGCUGCUGCCUUCAGCAAAGACUCCAACUCCCUCCUCGGUAAGAUCCCAGGAGCCCUGAACCCCCUGAGUGCAGCAGCUGCUGCUGCUGCUGCUGCAGGGAGGGUGGCCCUAGCUGGACAGGCAGGGUCCAGCGGGGUCCUGCUGGUCAGCAACCUCAACGAGGAGAUGGUUACGCCCCAAAGUCUGUUUACCCUCUUCGGUGUAUAUGGCGAUGUCCAGAGGGUAAAAAUUCUUUACAAUAAGAAGGACAGCGCUCUCAUUCAGAUGUCAGAUGCCAACCAGGCCCAGCUAGCAAUGAGCCACCUGAAUGGCCAAAAGAUGUACGGGAAGAUCAUCCGGGUGACGCUGUCCAAGCACCAGACAGUGGCGCUGCCUCGCGAUGGCCUGGAUGACCAGGGCCUGACCAAGGACUAUGCCAACUCCCCUCUUCAUCGCUUCAAGAAACCAGGAUCCAAGAAUUUCCAGAACAUCUUCCCACCCUCUGCUACCCUCCACCUCUCCAACAUCCCACCAGAUGUGACGGAGGAUGACCUGCGGCUGCUCUUCUCCAAUGCUGGAGGAACUGUGAAAGCAUUCAAGUUUUUCCAGGAUCGCAAAAUGGCUUUAAUCCAGAUGUCAACAGUGGAGGAGGCUAUCCAGGCCUUGAUUGACCUUCACAACUACAACAUGGGAGGCAACCAGCACCUGAGAGUCUCCUUCUCCAAGUCCACCAUUUAAGAAUCUGACCCUCAAACACCUGACAGCACCAGGUUUUAUUGUCUUGGAGCUGUUCAGGAACCUUUCAGACUGUGUCCGGACAUUGGCAUGGGGUGGGGUGGGGUGGGGGUGGGGGACCACAUAGAUUGAAUAAGUUUUGUUGUCAUUCCUUGAGUGAGUCUGAAACCAUUUGACUUGCAUACUUUUUAAGUGAACAAUUGAGUUGUGAAUUGUACUGGAGAUACUGGAUCCUUCCAGCUUUUAACUGUACCUCUAUAUUUUUUUUUCCUUGUCAAAAUGUUGACAUGAUUGUUGAUAGCUUGGUGUAGAUUAGUGGUCAGUUCUUGAUUUAGUUAAAGAGAUGCAGUACCUUUGUGCCUUACUUGACAAUAAGAAACUGUUUGUACAGAUGGACAUGUUUAUUAUUACCUUCCUAUGCUUUUGAGGCGCACUGGUAUUGAUUUUUGGGGGGUGGUUAGUGGUAUUGCAGGCUACUCCGUACUAAGUGUUUUUGAAGCUCUGGCACCAACUAUGCGUUGCUGUUAUUUUCCAGUUUUUACAUUUUUUUUGUAUUAUGUUUUAUUUUCCAGUUUAGCAGCAGGAGAGAAAAAUAUUCCUGAGGCAACAAAAAAGGCUUUUUACAGCAGUUUGUGAAAGGCAGUUUAACUUCCAUUACUCUACAGGUACAGUAUGUUCACUAUAAAAUUGUUCCCUCCCAGGUUUGACUUUACACUCCAUGUUUAAGAUAAACACAUCAUAACAUGGCUAAGUAUUUCUUUAUCUUUGUUUUUGAAACCUUAUAAAGUAUAGUGACAAUAGUUUUCUAAGCAUGUAUAGUAACAGUAGGAUCUCACAACAAAGUGUUGCAUGCUGUGGAAGCAGACAGAAGAUGUCCACUGUGAUCUCAUUGCCAUGUGACAGUUUACUCAAGAGGGCUACUCAGUUGGACCAAAGUCUCUGUGCCUUUUAGUGUUUCUUGAAUUCAUUUAACAAUAAAAAAAGCAUUUGAAAACACUGAAAUGUUACAUUUCAGAGGAGAAUUCCCACAAUUUUAAGUGUUUAAAUAUUUCCCUCUUAUUUGAUACAAGACAUCUUGCUCUUUGAGGUGUUUGCUCAGAAAUAAGAGUUGUGUAUAUUUUUUCUGAUCUGAUUUUAUACAACUGAAAAUGUAAGGAUUUGGUAUUGUUCUGGGGAAGCACAUUUAAAGGAUGAAAUAUUUUUUUCUUCUUUAUUCUUACAAGGAGAGGUACUUGGUUUCCUGCUGUUUGAGUUUUCCCUUUGUCUCUCUUGCGUACCCUGCAUUACCUCUGUAGCAUGCCCAAUAAAUCUCUUCUGUAGCUCUGCA